AUGGCCGACACAGUACCGGCAAAACUCAAGAGCUUGCAGCUCGCGUCCUUCGCGAAGCGCGCUGCACAGCUUGAGAAGUUCAAGCCUAUUGUCACGUAUUGGUUACGCUUCUACAUGGUCCAAAGAAUAAUUGCCGGUGGGCUACACUCGGCCGACCAAGAAUGUACCGCCUACACGACCGAUCUUAUGGAGAAGCUGGAGCAAGCAAAGGCCGAGAACCCUAACGAGGAUGCUUUGCUGGAUGACACGGUUGCGAGCGCAUACUGCGAACAAUUUGCCCUACAGACUCUUGCAAAGGCAGAAAGGGAGAUGGCCGAAAACAGAGUUAACGGACAGACCGCCGAUACCCUCCUCGCUGCAUCCACGUUCCUCGAGAUCAUGUCAAUAUGGAAAAACAACGACCCAGAGAUCACUUCCAAGACCAAGUUUGCGAAAUACCAUGCCCUGCGCAUCGUCAAGGCUAUCAAGGCUAAUGAAGACCCAAACGCGACGAACCCCGUGCAGGAAACACCACAACAGCCUACAUCGCCUCCUGCGUUAGAUCCAAACGAUCCAGAAGUACAGCGCAUAAAUCAAGGUGCUCCGCCCCAAAACCCAUACCAACCGUACGUUGAGACGGCCCCCAACACCUCUACUCAGCCAUCGCCCAACUUCUCUGCACGCCAAGUGUCACCGCCACCUCCCAAUUUCCCUUCUGCGCCCACGGGAUACAAUCAAUCAUCGCACGAUGAUGUUUCGCCGAUAUCACAACCCGCAACUUCGAGGCAGGGCUCUGUCGUCUCGAUCGGCGGUGGAUACUUUCCGAAGACUGAUCCUCCUACUUUCACAUCAGAGACGACAGCACCGGGGCUACCAACCGCACCCAUGGACAUUGACCCCCUAACCUCCUCUUUACCAAAUAGCCCUGCACCACAAGCUCCAGAACCGUCAGACCCUGCAAACUUUUACCAGAAUCCGGCGUCUCCUCCGCCACCUGCUCAGGCCCCUCAUCAGCCACCACCUCAAAAUUCAUACCAAUCCCCUCCCCCGCCUCAGGUUCCCCAAAAGCCCCAAAGAUUAUCUUCAAGCUUUUCUCAGUAUGGUUCGCCGUCGCCACAGCCACCUCAGCAACAAUACCCACAGCAAGGCGGAUUCUCGCAACCUUCUCAGCCACAGUACUCGUCAACACCGCACCAGAAUCCAUACGCUCAACCACCUGCUCCACAGCAGUCGUUGCAAGGCCCUUUCAGGGACGAUGAAGAUUCUAUUAUGGCAGCCACAAAGCACGCGAAAUGGGCAAUUUCUGCCCUGAAUUUUGAAGAUUCGGCUACCGCUGUCAAGGAGCUACGCACGGCUUUGCAGGCUUUGGGCGCGUUGUAG